AUGGAAGGUAAAAAGGGACCUGAGCACGGAAAGACCUAUGUCAGAAUAAAGGAUGAACACAGGAAACCCUGUCCACUAAAACCAGAGGUUGGUUUAAGCCUGUGGGACGCCGCUGAAUCGGACACAGAGAGCUUGGUCCAGGAGAGGGACUAUCAGCUUGAGCUUCAGAGGCGAAUUGGUGUUGAGUCUGGUGACCAGAAAAUGACACAACCCCAAGAGGAAGACACAGAUGGCUCAUGUCUAGAUGAGGGGGAACUUCAUGUCUAUGAUAGUCUCGAGGUAUCAGCACCCAGGCAGAACAAAAAGAACAUCCAGCAGCAGAGCAGAGACAAAGAGGUGUCCAGACAGAUGCACUACGAUGACACCUACGCAGAAUUGCGCUACGAUCCCAACUGGAGGACUAAUCUUGAGGGAGCUCGACAGUUUGACAAGAUGACCCCACCACUUCCCCUCGAGGAAGAAUUCUACAACUCGGAUGAACAAUCUGAGGAGCGCCAUAGAGAGAGAGGACAGGAGCUUUCAGGGAGUGGAGGAUACAGAUACAUAUUUUCCUGCAGUCCAGCUCUUGCAGAGAGUAUGACUCCAGAAAUCACAAGUAACGAACUUCAAUCUAAACACCCCCUAACGUCUUACCACCUCCCCCCACUGCAGAAUCAAGUUAUCAGAGAGGUUUCACCUGCAUUUUCCUACCACCUUCAUCAGAACCAAGUUAUAGGGGAUAGCUUGCCAGAGUCCACCCACCCAAGUCCUGGUGUGCCAUCUGAAAAAGCCAUGGAAAGAAACCUACACCAGAGAGUCAAGGCCAACCGAGGUGUGAGGAAUCCAACCAAUGCCACUGGUGGUGAAAUCCAAGCUAGCUUUCCUGACCUGGAAGACCGUUACAGGGAGACACAUGACAGAAAUGAUAGAGCUUUUCAGAUUUACUACAAUCAAGAGCAGUACGGACAGGGUAGUGGGACAGUGGCCGAGAAACAGUUACAGAAUCCGAUGUCCUCUAAAUCAAAGGGUUCGCGGCACUUGUCCAGCAGAAAGCCAGACAUACCAAGGGAGGACAUUAUUGAACGCAACAGAGUGACACUUGGGAUCAACGCAGCCAAACAGGGCUCGUACCUGAGGGCACAUGCACAACAGAAGGAGGUGAAAUCAGACAGCCAAAAUCAGUUUUGCGAUACUACAGAGGAGAUUACCAUUGGUGGGAACCAGGAGGAGGAAAGCCAAGGGGACAAUUCAGACCCGGAGCUGAGGUGGCUCCAGAAAACCCAGCAACUCAAGGUAACUCAGAUCUCCAAAGAAAAGCAAGCUCAGCAGAGAAUGAAUCCCAAACCCCCCAGUGAGAAGAGAGCCCUGGCUCAGGGGGUCAAAGCCAGGCCAAGAGACUGCUACCUGAGCCCCCCCACCGACACCACCAGACCUGCAGCCAGGACCCAGGCUCACUCCCACCACCAACCCCAGCACUCACCCCACCUCCAGGCACUCAGUGUCACAGAUUCCCAGUCUAGCAUACUGGACACCCAGCCACACCAGCCCCAAUGCAUCCCCUUAACACAGUCCCCCACCGUCCACCUCAACAUCAACACCUUGUCCAAGUUCCUCGCUUUUAUGCCCUGCCAUCACCAGGACACCGUUCUCACCAUACCCAAGCCCUGUAGUGGCCCCAGCCCCCAGAGAAAGCCACAGUCUAUAGACGGAUACAGCCCUAACGCCAAUGUACCGCUUAGGAACACCAUCCUGGUAAACCCUUACUCCCACCCAGGCCCUCACCCCUGUCCCCAUGACCACGGUUCAUUACAGCUGGCUUUGGUUCCACAGGCUGAUGUGUCUCCACUGUGUCCAGGUCGGGGCUCUCGCAGCAGUCAGGGCUUCCCAGGGAUGCCCCCUCUCUGCCAGGGCAGCAGAGAACCACCGCAUCUCUGGCACCAGGAGAACGCCCCAUUGCAGCGUGAAAACCACAUUGUCCUGCAGUAUGAUGAUGAGGAUAGUCACAGGUCUACUUACACCGCCGAGACAAAAUACUCCUGCUCCUACACAGUGCUGCCCCCUAUAGGUAAAAGAACGAUGGGAGACACUGAGCUAGUCCAUGACAGAGCUGCACAGAGAUUCACCUCCAUGCAGAGAAGCAGCUCUGAGGCCUACCUGGCACAGAUGAGGAGAGAGAAACAACUGAAAGAGAGAGUAAUUUACAAGGCCUACACCCUGAAGGACUAUAAGCAGCUGAAGCAGGACGUUUAUCUUGGAGGCCUUGGGCCUGAUUACACCACCACAGAAAUUACAGCCGAGAAAAUGAGACGACAGAAGCUGUAUUCAAAUGUGAUCCGCGAGCAGAACAAGAAGAUAAGUAGGAUUCCCUUUCUGCCAGCCGCCAGGAACGCAGUGGGCAGCAACAACAAGGACAACAUGGUUCCUAGGAGGAAGGCCCUGGAGUACGCCAGGAGCAUCCUGAGGCCCAAGGUAUUGCCCCAGGCCCAGCAGCCAAAGACCAGAGAGCCAGAGAGAGCCCAGGGGACCCUUAGGGGCAACACUCGCCUCCGGGAGGGCCUCGACCUAUCCCAGCUGGCCAUAGUGGAGGCCCUGAGGAAACGGCACGAGCAGGAGAAACAGACUGUGGCCAAUGUGGUGCAUGCCAUCUGACACAGCACCGGCCCAUUCACUUUACAGCACACUGGAGUCACCCAACUGGAGUCAUCCUUAAAUCUGACAUUCGACUUUUGAAGAAACUCAGUAUAUGGACUAUAUAGACAAUAUGGAGGAAUAAGCAGGGGAUUAGUAGAGCAAUCAUUCAUUAAUGCUUGUGUCUAUAACUGCAGUUUGAGGUGUAGCCUGUCUGUUUGUGGUUGCUGACAUAAGCAUUUACUGUAUGAAAGUUUUUUUACAACUAGUGAUGCUGUUCAACAUAGCUUACGUGUUCCUUCAUAUGAUUUGAUGCACUUAACACCAUAGGUAAACAUGGUACUUAUUCAGUACCAUACCGUAAUUUACACUAUAGGCAAACAUAGUACUGUAAUCCCAAACCAAGUGGAUUUUUUUUUAGCUUGCAGUUGAUAAUAAUAUUGAUAUAUUGAUGUUUGAAUAAUAUGCAAAUGGUUUGUACACAUUUCAGAUAAAUCAUGUUCUGGCUAUUGAUGAAUCCUCAAGUACUUGAAUAUCUCUCUGCUAAUAUUCUUAACCUUACAAUUGCUCAUGAGUCAUGACCUGAGUGAACAGGACCUGAAAAUGUCUAAUACAGUACAGCUGCUCAAGUCAAUUCAGACAUAACACAUAUGGUUUGUUGUAGUAGUACAAUAUUACACAUAUUAGUACAAUACCACACAUAAUAGUGCAAUAUUACAAUCUGAGAGAACAUGUACACCUAAAGCUGUCAGGAUUUGGCCAGGGUUGUUCCGGUUUUUGGUCACUAGAUGCCCCCAUUGUGCCUUUUGACCUUUUGUUUUCUCUUGAUCCCCAUUAUUAUUUGCACCUGUGCCUCGUUUCCCCUGAU